GAUGAUGAUGCGGUACGUACCGUAUCGUUAGUGAGUUUUCGGUUUUCGCAACUUACAGAAUUCAACUCGUACCGCACGGUGGUGCGUACGUACGUAGUAUUACGUUGUUUUUGAUGGAUGUACCGUAGUGGAUUCUUUCCUUUGGAACAAAAAGAUUGCUCUGUUGAAAAUAAGUUGGUACUUUGUCAUCUGCCACUUCUAAUAGCAUCUUUGAAAUACCAAACCGUGGCACCGCAUUUGGAAAGAAGUUUCGAAGAGCAUAAAGUUGUAAUCAAAGCAAUACGAGCUAUGCCGACAACCCGACAUCCUGCAAAGAAAAUGCCCGUUGUCGGUUCUAUGGCACUCGGUGCCGCGCUAAUCUUUACCAUUGCAGUGGGCAUUGCAGUUUUGCCAAUACCAAACUAUGCUUUUACUCCCGCUGUUUAUCAGUAUAAGAGUGACCGAACACUAAUGCAAAUAAAUUUUAAAAAUGACAAACUGGUUACGGGAAAGAACUUUGAAUUAUCGGCGAGAGACACGAUUUUCUCGCUCGUCGAAGAAGACGACGGCAACGACGACAAUAUAGAGAACCCUGACAUUGAUAUUGCGGAUCUUCUUGCAGACAAAGAAUUUCUGGAGAACAACGUAAAAACUGAUGAUGGAAAGGAUUCAAAGAAGAAGAAAAUCGGUGAUCCAUUACGGGAAGACAACGGUGUUCGACCUUCCAUUCACCCUACCGCGAUAAACGCAAUUGUCGAUGCCCUGAAGGCCCGUGCUGAACAGAGCAAACAGGAAAUGGACGACGAUGACGACGACACGAUGCACUUUCGUGCCACCGAAACCGUCGAACCACUCAUGGUGAUGGUGACGGCUGGGCAAUUCGCUUCCGACGCAAUACAGAAACGACAAGAAUCCAGCGAGGCUGACGGAAUGCUGAUGACCCAGGACGAAGAACAGACGCUCGCCGGAAGGAUCAUGGGAGUGAUCAUGCGGCUCGAUGCGCUUGAGGAAGAACUGGCCGAACGCGUCUCGGGCGUGGAAUGGAUCGGAAAGUACGACGAAUGGGGAAACUUUGGGGUUUUAUCCGACGAGCACCAAAACAACCUCGCUCGUGAUAGCGAUAGCGGCGACGACGGAUUGGCAGACGUUCACGCCAAAAUUCUCGAUGAUCCGCUCUUUUGCAUGAAUCGAGCCGAAUGCCUGCUCGCGAUAUUUCUUCAAGAAGUAGAAAUUCCACAACUGGAGAAAUUGAAAGAGACCGUCCCCGACGGAAGCAAGAUCGACUUUCUUGAUCAAGAUAGACUGGAAGUCGUAGUUGGAUCUGACAAGUCGUAAUUUACUUUGAUCAGCUUUCGCUCAACAACUAUCAGUACUUUCGCAAUACGCAUUCCUUGUACAUCGCAACAUGAAAGGGUGUUGCCUUUUGUGAAUCCAAAGCUGUUAAAUUGUGGCAAUUACUAGAAGCGGAAUAGAAUUGCAGCAGUUAA